UCUCCCACUCUCUCACAAACAACCCGAAUACUCAUUCUUACCGCCUCUUCAACCAUCCAUCGACAGUACUACACGAAGAUGGAAGGAGUUAAAAACAGCAGCUUCUGUUUCGUCUUACUCGCUUUCCUUUUCCUCUCUACCGGAAAUGUGCUGGAAACGAAUGCGAAAGUCCACUACCAUGAUUUUGUCGUGCAAGCAACUCCAGUGAAGAGGCUGUGCAAGACUCAGAACUCAAUCACUGUUAACGGGAUGUUCCCGGGGCCUACGCUGGAAGUGAACAAUGGCGAUACGCUAGUGGUUAACGUUGUCAACAGAGCUAAGUACAACGUUACCAUCCACUGGCACGGUGUCAGGCAGAUUAGGACUGGAUGGGCUGAUGGGCCGGAAUUUGUGACUCAAUGCCCGAUUAGACCAGGAGGGAGCUACACGUAUCGAUUCACCAUCCAAGGACAAGAAGGUACUCUGUGGUGGCAUGCUCACAGUUCGUGGCUCAGAGCUACGGUCUAUGGAGCUUUGAUCAUUCACCCGAGAGCAGGGGACUCGUAUCCCUUCCAGAAGCCAACGCGCGAAACUGCCCUUCUGCUCGGUGAAUGGUGGAACGCUGAUCCGAUCGCUGUCGUGAGACAAGCCACGAGGACAGGAGCUGCUCCCAACGUCUCCGAUGCUUACACAAUCAACGGCCAGCCUGGAGACCUGUACAACUGCUCUAGCAAAGAUACACUAGUCGUUCCAGUGGACUCCGGUGAGACAAAUCUUCUCAGAGUAGUCAAUUCAGCUCUCAAUCAGCAGCUCUUCUUCAAAGUCGCCAAUCACAAGCUCACGGUGGUUGGAGCCGAUGCCUCCUACGUUAAGCCCUUCACCACCGAUGUCCUCAUGCUAGGGCCAGGCCAGACCACCGACGUCCUAAUCACCGCCAACCAGGCACCCGCACGAUACUACAUUGCAGCACGAGCCUACGCAAGUGCUCAGGGCGCACCAUUCGACAACACUACAACAACAGCCAUCCUAGAAUACAAAUCCGCCCCCUGCCCCGCGAAAGGCUCCACCAUCAAGCCGGUCAUGCCGACAAUGCCGGCUUUCAACGACACUGCCACCGCCACCGCCUUCACAACCAGCUUCCGAAGCCCGAGAAAAGUCCAAGUGCCAACUAAGAUCGAUCACAACCUCUUCUUCACCGCUGGACUAGGCCUCAAAAACUGCCCCCCCGGCGCCAGCAACAGCACCUGCCAGGGCCCGAACGGGACUCGAUUCACUGCCAGCAUGAACAACGUGUCGUUCGUGCUGCCAUCCUCCUACUCCCUGCUUCAAGCACACCAGCAACGGAUACAAGGCGUCUUCACUACCGACUUCCCUGCAAACCCUCCCGUCUCAUUCGAUUACACCGGGAACGUCAGCCGCUCCCUCUGGCAACCCGUCCCCGGGACCAAACUCUACAAGCUGCGAUACGGGGAAACAGUACAGGUAGUUCUACAAGGAACAAACAUCUUCACUUCCGAAAACCACCCCAUCCAUCUCCACGGCUACGACUUCUACAUAGUCGCUGAAGGCUUCGGAAACUUCAACCCGAGCAGAGACACAAGCAAGUUCAAUCUCGUAGACCCUCCCCUACGAAACACAGCUAGUCUCCCCGUUGGUGGAUGGACCGUGAUCAGAUUCGUUGCAGAUAAUCCAGGGGUGUGGCUGCUGCACUGUCACUUGGACGUCCACAUCGGCUGGGGCCUAGCAACGGCGUUCCUAGUCGAGAACGGGAUUGGCGAACUGGAAACGCUCGAGGCGGCUCCGGCAGAUCUUCCGGCUUGCUAGUUAACCUGCAAUGAUUUCUACAGCAGAUUAUUGAGCCCUGCAAGAAGGGAAAACCAGUAUUUUUCAAGAUGCAGCAUAUUGAGUUCCAUUGUUGUUUAUUUCCCCCCACAUUUGGGGGCAAAAUCUUCUACUAUUUUUGUUCCUUUCAGCUUAAUCAGCUCAUGUUCUUAGGCAUAUAGAUGCACCGUUUUUCAUUAUUCAAAAGUAUGUUCUUUUUUCCCCAAAUAUUCAAUAAUUAUAUUGCAUUGCAAG